AUGAUGAACUACGACAAAAAAAUCCUGGAAGUUCGAAACCAGACGAACGCAUUACCUUCAAAUCUGACUAAUGAAGAUUGUGAAAUAUGCAGUUUAGCUCAACUGGAUGCCACGCUUAUUCCUAUCAUAUUUUCGCUAAUCUUCAUUCUUGGAUUGGUGGGCAAUUCCGUCGUCAUAUACACAGUGUUAAGAAACAAAGCCAUGAAGAGCGUCCCGAAUAUCCUGAUAGUCAGUAUGGCGGUGGGUGAUUUAAUACUGAUAUUGAUAUCGGUUCCAUUCACCGCUGCUGUAUACGCAUUCCCGCAUUGGCUGUUUGGUAACUUCGUUUGCAAACUGAAUGCCUUCCUUCAAACAGUUUCUCUCGGAGUAAGCAUCUUUACUCUUUCUGUGUUGAGUCUGGAGAAGCACAAUGCCAUUAUUAAUCCGUUCAAAUACCACAGAGGCACGAUGUUCCAUCGCACAGUGUUUAUAACGGCAUUGGUUUGGGCUUUCGCCACAGUGUUGGCUAUACCAGACGCAAUUUCUUACUACACUUUCCAUAUACCGGAUGAGGACAAUAGCACUUUCAGGUCUUUCUGCUACCCUUAUCCAGUAUCAUGGCCGCGCUGGUACAGUCGGUUCCAUGUCACAUUCCAUGCGUUGGUGUACUACCUGGUUCCAUUAAGUCUAAUUGCAUAUUCCUAUAUCAAGAUGGCACAACAUCUGUUGAAGUCCACACACUCAGAUAACUUGUGGGACUUUCAGAAGAAUCCAAACAAAAAUGGUAAUACUGGGAAAUUGUACAAACACAAUACAUUUUUAGACGUCCGAUGA